CUUACACCUGCGGCUUCGGGCCCGGGGGUCCGGGAGCCCCGGGCGGCGGCGGGGAGGGAAGCGCUGGCUCCGGCAUCACCUGUGACUCUCCGUGCACCGCCCGCAGCGCUGCCAUUUAGUUGGAAGAAUCCAGGGAUUUCAAGUUUUGAGUAGCAGGCGUCUUACAAGAUUACCACACCUAAAUUGAAAAGGCAGAUGCAGCUCUGAGUACCAGACUGGUGUGUGCGCUGCAUGUACAUGAACACGCACAUGUUUUUGUCAUCACGUAGAUUUGCUCUGGCAUAUUCCUGACAGCCUUGCAAUUGAUGAAAAUUAAUUUGAGAACCAGAUGGAGCACCUUCGCAGCACAGGAAUUAGUAAUCCAUGGAAAGACACCUGCCAGUAAUGUUCAACUUUCCACAUGGUCUUCAAGGGUGAAAAAAGUUUGCAAGAAGAGAAAGAAAAAACACCCUCUGUGCAGAGGAAGCUUAAUAAAUACCUCCGCAAUCUAAAUCAAUAGCUGUGAGGGAAACAGAAGAAUCAAGGGCAAAGGAAACUGAUUUAGUUCCAGCAGAGGAAUAAUGUACGGUCUUCAGCACGUUUUGCUUUGGGAUCAGUAGCUUGUGAAUGGACUAAUAAAUUGUGACCUUCUGCUGAGUAAUGAUGACUGGAAGUAAAUAAGUUGAGGAACUAUGGGACAAGUCUGGGCAUUGAACUGAGCAAACCUCGCCGUCCUUCUUGAGUUAACCAGGCCAUCAAACUUGCAUAUUCUUUUUCCCUCUCCUUUUUCCUCUUUUCACGUAGUGUGGUAUAAAUACUAGCUAAUUGAGCUCAUAAAUGUUAUUCAAAUAAAACAAUUGGAAUACUUCAUAUGUUUCCUUCUUGUACAGCUGCAAAUGUUGUGUCUGGAACUAUGAAUCUGUGCUGUAGACAAGCAUCAAGAAGGAAAGAUCCGAUCAAACAAGCAAGGAAAAUACCUAGAGAAAUAGUGAACCCAGGAAGUCAGAUUUUUAAUGCUGCUUCUCUUUCUUUUUUAGAUGAAUAUAUUUCUUCCUUCCUUGAAUUUUAGAAGAUUUUGAAACAGUGCUUACUUGAUGUGCUUUAAUUCUGGCAUUUGUUUUUAUGGUAGGAUGAAAAGUCUGUGAGUCCUUGUAGCAGAAAAAAAGGGAAAAGUAAAGGAAAAACAGCUUGACAUUUUAGCCUGUUUCACAGGAGAGAGAACUUCAUGGUUCACCUGAGGCAAACUUAUCUACUUUGAAGGCUAAAAGCUUUAGAGCAUUUUUGAUUCUGCUAUAAAUGAAGAGGGGGUUCUUUUUCAUUCGUGUGUGGCAGCAAAAAGUGGGAAAGCAGGCAAGAUAGCGUGAUAAACAGUUCAGGCUGUGUUGGGUCUCUGGUGGAAAAAAAGUGCUGCGGUGAAAAUUGGAUUGGCUUUGGAUUGCAAAAACUUUUGAGUCCAACGAGCGGUUCAGUACCAAGAAGGAUUUCCCAACUGGCCUGGCACAUCAGUGCCUGCACAAGUUCGGGUCUGUUGUUUCACACGGUUUGUGUGCCUUUUUUUCCCUUUAUGCAAUCUCUUUCAGCUUUAGCAGCAGAAAUACAUCAGAUGGAAAAGAUAUGCCAGAGGGCAGCUUGGAAAAGAGGAAUGUCAUAUAUAUACAUAUAUAUGUAUGUGCGUGUGUUUAAAUUUCUGCAACUGAACUUUUGAAGAAAAUCUGACUGGAGGAAAUUUUAAAAGCCUUAAGUUACUUGAAACCUACACAUUUGCAACUCUUUGUCUCUGGAAUUGCAUUACGCUAAACUGGAAUCUCAGGCUGUAUAAAGAUUAUAUCAAGUUGAGCAAAAAGAUGACUUAACCAUUUCUUGAGCGCCUCUUAUGAAGUAGCUGUUUCUCCAAAGGAUAAGUGCACCCCCACUCUACAGACUCAAAACAAAAAUGAACCUGAAUUUUUUUUUUAAGUGUUACUUUUUCUUAGCCAACUGCCAUCAUCUUUUAUAGAGGAAUUUUUCACUAUGCAUUUGGUGGAUAUUUAUAAACACUGACCCCAUCCUCCUCCCUUUCAAUGAUCUAUCCCAGGUCAGUCUUAUCAAUAAAAAAAAAAAAAUUGAUUUAAAUUUUGUGCACUAGACAUAUUACUUUCUUAUGUCAAAAAAUAAAAUAUUUAAAAAGCAUGUAUGCAGCAGUGGAACAUGGGCCUGUUCUUUGCAGCGAUUCCAACAUCCUCUGCCUCUCCUGGAAAGGCAGAGUCCCCAAAAGUGAGAAGGAGAAACCGGUGUGCAGGAGGCGGUACUAUGAGGAAGGCUGGUUGGCGACAGGCAAUGGCAGAGGAGUUGUAGGCGUCACUUUUACUUCCAGCCAUUGCAGGAGAGACCGGAACACCCCUCAGAGAAUCAACUUCAAUUUGAGGGGCCACAACAGUGAGGUUGUGCUGGUGAGAUGGAAUGAACCAUUCCAGAAAUUAGCAACCUGUGAUGCAGAUGGAGGAAUAUUUGUUUGGAUACAAUAUGAAGGCAGAUGGUCCGUGGAGCUCGUGAACGAUCGUGGGGCACAGGUAAGCGACUUUACAUGGAGCCAUGAUGGGACUCAGGCACUUAUCUCCUAUAGAGAUGGAUUUGUGCUGGUGGGUUCAGUCAGUGGACAAAGACACUGGUCUUCAGAAAUAAACUUGGAGAGUCAGAUCACCUGUGGCAUAUGGACUCCAGAUGACCAACAGGUACUGUUUGGCACUGCUGAUGGACAGGUUAUUGUCAUGGACUGCCAUGGCCGAAUGCUGGCCCACGUGCUCCUUCAUGAGUCAGAUGGCAUCCUCAACAUGUCCUGGAACUACCCCAGCUUCCUGGUGGAGGACAGCAGCGAGAGUGACACAGACUCUGACGACUACUCCCCACCACAAGAUGGACCAGCUGCGUAUCCUGUCCCGGUGCAGAACACCAAGCCACUACUUACUGUCAGCUUCACGUCAGGAGACAUCAGUUUAAUGAACAAUUAUGAUGACUUGUCUCCUACUAUCAUCCGCUCAGGGUUGAAAGAUGUGGUGGUACAGUGGUGCACACAAGGAGACCUGCUUGCAGUAGCAGGCAUGGAGAAGCAGAACCAGCUGGUUGACCUCAGCAAUGGUUCCCUGCUGAAAAGCGCACUUGUCAAGUUCUACAACGUGCGUGGGGAACAUAUCUACACUCUGGAGACACCUGUGCAGCGUCCCAUCAUCUCCAUCUGCUGGGGUCACAGGGAUUCCCGCCUGCUGAUGGCUUCUGGGCCCGCAUUGUAUGUGGUCAGGGUGGAGCACAGGGUCUCCAGUCUUCAGCUGCUAUGCCAGCAGACCAUUGCCAGCUGUCUGCGGGAUGACAAGGACAUCAGCAAGCUGACCCUGCCCCCUCGGCUCUGCUCGUACCUCACCACUGCCUUCAUACCAACAAUCAAGCCUCCAAUCCCAGACCCAAACAAUAUGAGAGAUUUUGUCAGCUACCCAACAGCUGGUAAUGAACGGCUUCACUGCACCAUGAAGCGGACGGAAGAUGACCCAGAGGUUGGUGGUCCAUGUUAUACUCUGUACUUGGAAUACCUUGGGGGACUGGUGCCUAUCCUGAAAGGACGUCGUAUCAGCAAGUUGCGGCCGGAGUUUGUCAUCAUGGAUCCUAAAACAGAUGGAAAAGCAGAUGAAAUCUAUGGAAACAGCUUGAUUUCCACUGUGAUUGACAGCUGCAACUGCUCUGACUCCAGUGAUAUCGAACUCAGCGAUGACUGGGCAGCAAAGAAAUCUCCAAAAAUCAGUCGAGCUAGCAAAUCACCUAAACUCCCCAGAAUCAAUAUAGAAGCUCGCAAAUCUCCAAAGAUGUCACGAGCUGCACAGGAGAUCUCAAGAUCACCAAGGUUACCAAUAAGGAAACCCUCUAUUGGUUCGCCAAGCCUGACACGAAGAGAGUUUCCUUUAGAAGAUAUUACUCAGCACAACUACCUUGCUCAGGUCACAUCUAAUAUCUGGGGAACCAAAUUUAAAAUUGUGGGUUUGGCUGCUUUCCUACCAACUAACCUUGGUGCAGUAAUAUAUAAAACCAGUUUGCUGCAUCUGCAGCCCAGGCAAAUGACAAUAUAUCUCCCAGAAGUGCGGAAGAUUUCAAUGGACUACAUUAACAUGCCUGUCUUUAAUCCAAAUGUUUUCAGUGAAGACGAAGAUGAUUUACCAGUGCCCGGCGCCCCCGGCGCGCCCGCCAGCAGCCCGCCCUGCACCGUCAACAUCCCCAUCGCGCCCAUCCACAGCUCGGCACAGGCCAUGUCGCCCACGCAGAGCAUCGGCCUGGUCCAGUCGCUGCUCGCCAACCAGAACGUGCAGCUGGACGUGCUGGCAAACCCGCCGGCCGAGGCGGGGGGCGAGGGGCCGGGGCCCUUCCCGGGGGCUCCGGGCCGCUUUCCCGGCCCCGGGGCGGCAGCGCUGGCAGUGGGCGAGCUGGGCCGGCCGCCCCCGCCGCCGCUCGCCCCGCCGCCGCCCGCGCCCCCCGCCAUCGCCCUGGCCGACCUGCGGGACCACGGCGACCGCGACCAUGAGCCCCCGCCCAAGGCCAAGGCCCCGCGGCCGGGGCCACCGCUGGUCGAAGGGGACGCCGUCAUCUUCGGGGCCGCUCCGGAGCUGCAGCUGAACAAGAUGAACCCGCCGCCUCCCUACCCCGGCACCGUGCCCGCCGCCGCCCUGCCGCCCCCGCCCCCCCCUCCGCAGCCGCCCCUCGAUCUCUGCCUCAAGAAGGGGGAGUUCUCCCUCUACCCGGCGGGGCACUACCAGACGCCCCUGGGGUACGAGCGGAUAACGACGUUCGACAGCAGCGGGAAUGUGGAGGAGGUGUGCCGGCCUCGCACCCGGAUGCUCUGUGCCCAGAGCACCUACACCCUGCCGGGCCCCGGCAGCUCCGCCACCUUGCGCAUCACAGCUGCUGAGAAGAAGAUGCAGCAGCCCUGUGCCAGUGCCACCUUGAACCGGCUCACGGUCCCCCGUUACUCCAUCCCAACCGGGGACCCGCCGCCCUACCCUGACAUUGCCAGCCAGCUGUCUCAGGGCAGAAGCAUGGCACAGAGGCUGGACAGCAGUAUCAUUCAUGCUACUCUGCGGAGGAACAGCAGAGAGGCAGCCCUGAAAAUGGCUCAGCUGAUGGAUGGUCAGAGAGCCACCUUGCAACUUCCCCCUAAGGCCAAGAGCAACAUUGUGUCAGCACAGUACCAGCCUAGAGUGCCCACAGCCUUGUACACCUGCAGCCAGUGCAGCAGUGGUGGCACUGGCAGCAGCAGCAGUGCGAGCACUGGUGGCGUGGGCAGCAUUGCUAGUGCCAAUGCUGGUAGCAGCACUUCCAGUAUUGGGGCCAUGAGACCAGAUCUGAGCGCAGGGAGUGGCUCCCAACACAGCUCUGUCAUUGCUCACUCUGUCAGUACUUCACCUCUGGCCUCCCAGUCCUCCUACAGCUUGCUGAGCCCGCCUGACAAUUCCCGUGACCGAGCGGAUUAUAUCAACUCCGCUUUCACGGAGGAUGAGGCCCUUUCUCAGCACUGCCCAGUGGAGAAAUCAGUACGGCACGUACCUGUGUCCUUGACAGAGGCUACCCUUAGUGUAAAACGGCCACCGCCGUACCAGUGGGAUCCUAUGGUGAGUGAAGAGAUAUGGGUUCCUCAGGAAAGGACAUCUCAGAGCUCAGUGCCCAACCCUCUAAAACCUCCUCCACUCAUCAUUGGUCAAGCUCAACAUCUGGAUAUGUCUCGAGUGCCAUUUGUUUCCCCCAAGUCUCCAACCAGUCCCACUGCCACUUUUCAGACGAGUUAUGGGGUUGGAGUACCUUACCCAGGAAGCUACAGUGCCCCACCCCUUCAGGGAAUGCAGGCCCCCUGCUCCCCCAAAGAAGCUCUGGCCCCAACACAGUUUGCACAGCAGGACCCCACAGUUGUGCUUCAGCCAGGUUAUCCAUCCAACCUCUCCUAUUGCCCUUUGCCACCCAUGUACCCGGGAAGUAGCACUUGCUCUAGUUUACAGCUGCCACCAAUCGCCUUGCACCCAUGGAGCUCCUACAGCGCCUGCCCACCCGUACAGAACCCCCAGGGCACCUUGCCCCCCAAGCCGCUUCUUGUGGUGGAGAAACCGGUGAUGUCUCCACCGCCAGCAGAGCUGCAGGGCCACGUGGGCACAGAGGUAAUGGUGGAGACGGCAGACACCUUCCAGGAGGUGCUCUCCUUGACAGAAAGCCCUGUUCCUCAAAGGACAGACAAAUUUGGCAAGAAGAGCCGGAAACGCCUGGACAGUCGAGCCGAGGAAGGAAAUGUGCAGGCUAUCACUGAGGGCAAGGUCAAAAAGGAGGCAAGGACACUGACUGACUUCAAUUCACUGAUAGCCAGCCCUCGGCUAGGGAGGGAGAAGAAGAAGGUCAAGAGCCAAAAAGAUCAGCUGAAGUCCAAGAAACUAAACAAGACAAAUGAGUUUCAGGACAGUUCAGAGAGUGAGCCGGAGCUUUUUAUCAGUGGAGAUGAACUGAUGAACCAGAGCCAGGGCAGUAAAAAGGGUUGGAAAACUAAAAGGAGUUUGAGGACAGCCAGUGACCUGGAUGAAUUCAAGUGCCGGAAGGCCAGUGAGAAGGAGGAUGGGCGACUGGGAAGCCAAGGCUUUGUGUAUGUGAUGGCCAACAAGCAACCACUGUGGAAUGAGGCAACACAAGUCUACCAGCUGGACUUCGGAGGGCGGGUGACCCAGGAGUCGGCAAAAAACUUCCAGAUUGAGCUGGAAGGACGACAGGUGAUGCAGUUUGGAAGAAUUGAUGGCAAUGCUUACAUUUUGGACUUUCAGUAUCCAUUUUCUGCAGUGCAAGCCUUUGCUGUUGCUCUGGCUAAUGUGACUCAACGCCUCAAAUGAAAAAGCAGAGACUGGAGAGAGGAAAAUGUUAACCUUCUCAUGAAGUCCAAACCGGAAAAUGUCAGGGCAGCCUGCUUUAGGUGUGCAGAGAUGCCUGGGAGUUAAGAAGGCAGUAAAACUGGAAAAGUCUCUUGGUGCCCACCAGAAGGGCAUUAACUCUAAUCAGUCACGGGGUGGAGGGUGGGGGGCUGUUUUCUGUUUGUUUGUUUGUUUGUUAGCUUGUUUGUUUUCCGGUUUCUUUUUCUUUUCAAGCGUUGUGCUGGGUGUCAGAAAGAGCAAAGGGUUGAGAACCAUUCAGUGUUACGUGGAGAAGUGUGGCUUUUGGCUUGUUGUGGUGGUUCUGCUGUGUGUGCUACAGUAGCUGAUGUAAGUUCAUGGGGGGAUUAAAACAGACUGCUCUUUUUGAUAGACUGCCUUAUCUCAUGCUAUUCUUUUUAAAACAGGGAACAUGACUUUUUUCUGGUCCAGUUUGUACUUCCACUACUAAAACAUCAGUGAUAGCAGCAAAAAAGUAAAAAAAGAAAAGAAGCUGUAAUACUUGAAGACAUGUGUUUCUUCUCUGAUAUCUGCUAAUAACUGAGCACCACGGGUUCCAAAGAGGCUUAUGUAGGUAAACGUUUAAUUUAUAAACGUGUUCCUCAGAAGAGUAAACAUUGUUGCAAGUGGGUGUUUGGUUUAGGAAUGGUAUUCUCCAAUUUUGUGUUCCCACCAAAACACUCCAAACCAUGCACCACUCGCUCACUGUCCCCUCCCCUUUUCCCUCCCAUGCGGUGGGAUGGAGAGGAGAAUUGGAGGCACUAAAGGUAGACAGAAGAACAAUGUACUGCAAACAGCAGUGAAAUGAGAGAACAAACAGCAGCAAUGUUAAUAACAGAGUGCAGGAAAGGCAAAGGAUUCGCACGCUUGUGCUCACCACGGGGGAGCCUCUGCCAAUACCUGACUGUGCUGCCACAUUCUGUGACCUGCAUGGGACCCCUUCCCACAGCCCCAGAAAGUGAUGGGGGGUGGUAUAGAAUAACCUCCGGGUUCUAGCCAUGCCCUCUCCUGGCUACUGCAAAAAUUAACUCUGUUGUGGCUAGAACCAGGGUUUAAAAACCCACUGUGUCAAAGAAGUUGAUGUCUGCUUGUUUCGUGUGCUCUUCAGGAGGAUAAACAUCUUUCAGUAGGUGACAGAAGACAGAGGAGCAAAUAGUUACAAGCAUUGCUUCUUUUGUUACGGGCAUAAACAUUUUUCAGUAGGUGAUAGAAAAGUAGAGAGGAAAUAAUCAUGAUGUUGCUUUUUGUUCCCAUUGUUCAGCAGUAUUCUGUGAUUUGGCCUGUAGCUAGGAGAGGUACAGUGUGAUCAGAUGUACCUCUGAGGCCAUGCCUGUGCUUGCUCCUCAUUUCAGUGUGUUUACACCAAGUAAACAAGCUUUUCCAGCAAAUGAGAAGACCCAGUGUAUUCAGUCCUCUUAGCAAUCAGUAUCAAUCAAGUUUUACAACAGUGUUUGAAUUAGGAAGGAGACAGAAGUGUAGCAAGUCAUCACAAGAAGAAAUUUCAUCAGGGAAGCAAAUUCCUUAAAGGAAACAACAUCAUGGCUGGCUGGAGAACAAAUGAGUUGAAAGAGAAAGGAAAAAUUGGACAGAAUCAUGUCUUUUGUUACCCACCUUGCUACUUGCUCCAGCUAAGAGCAGGCAGCCAGUGUCUACUGGACAGAGGAAAGCUUAAUAACAGUAGUAUGAUGUGCAGCUCUCUCUGGGGCACAUGCAGACCUGUUGAGUAUUUCAGAAGGUUGCUUGCACAGAAGAGUUUCUUUGUUGUCCAUGUGUUGUGCACAUGUUUAUUUGCUUUUUCUCUUUCCUUCUUGUCAGCAUUUUGUUGCAGAAUAUGUUUUGAUAUGGAAGUACUUUGACCAGUAAUCCACAAACCUCCAAAUUAGUCAUAUACAAAACAUCACAGCAGAUUUUUUUCAAAAUUGAUCUUUUGAAGUCAAGGGCCCACUUUCAAUGGAGAAAUUUCUCAGUUGAGAUGUCAACAGCUGCUUUGUCUUUCAUUCACAGUUUAGCUUCUUUACUUGAAAAACUCAGUAUAACUUAAGCUGAAUAUGUGUGAUUUUUCUCUCUUUUUUCUUUGGUAAAUGCGUGUUGAAUUUAUUCUGGAGGAACAUUUCUCAUAAGACCCUACUGUAGUAGAAAUGUUUCACUUGUUUUUUAUUGAGGAAACACUGUUAAGCCCUUUGUCUGUAUUGAGUUAUAUACUGUAAAAACAGUAGGUUGAAUUCUUAGUCCACUGAUUCCAGUACACAAGGAGGGAAGUUGGCUGGUGAGAGACCUCACCUGCCCUAAGGUCUGUGCUAACCAGCUGUACCCUAAUUAGUUUUUGACAGGCACACAGUGAAUGCUGUAAGACAAGAAACAUAUCAGGGCUGGCUUGUUUGCUUGCUGAGGCAAGAGCCACUUAGUCAUGUGUCAGAAAUACUCAGCUGGAAGAACAUCAGCAGCUGAAAUGAUUAGGAGUGGAAACAAUGAGAAUGGUUUUUUUCUGAAGAAAAUCUAAUCUAAAUAAGGACUUCUGCUUGCAGUUUCUUUAACCUUCCAGAGAACAGUAUCCUCUUCACUUUGUUCACUGCCAAUUUUUUCCAGUUAUCAGUAGUUUUUUUUUAAUGGAGAACCAAGAAUUGAAACGGAUGAAACAAGUAACAGAGUUUGUAAAUUGGUUUCAUUGGUCCAGGUCAUGAUUGCUUCCUUUUGAUGGCACUCACAAAGAGCCUUGGCAUAGAAAGAGCUCUGAUUUCUGCCCCAGCAAAGAACAAGGAAUUACCAAAAAAAAUGGGAAAAUAAGUACUGUUUUCAACAUCCUUCCAUUUACUUGUCUAAAAAUUCUAUAAGACAGGAUAAUUUUUUAUCUUUUUGAAAAUAAUUUAGCCAAGUCUCUUUAAUUAAGAAUUUUAAUAUGUAAAGAAUCCUCAAUAUUUGAGAGAGAAAAUAAUCUCAAAUAUAUAUAAUUUUAAUGAAAGGAAUGGUAAAUACAUAGAAAUCUGACUGUGCAACUGGAUCCUAAAUUGUAAAAAGAACAAGUGAAAGUAAUUUUAUUUUCAAUUGAGAUACAAUAUAGGAAACAAAUUUAAGAAUGUCCCCGCUUAAUCACUUAAGUCAUGAAGACUGCUAUUGCUUUCAGCCAAAAGAUAAAUGUUACAUUUUCUGUUUUAUUAGUAAAGCCUGGUUUUCUGUAGGUAAUGUAAGUUCUUCUGGGAAGAAUGUAGCAAAGUGUUCAGAAAUAUCUAGUCCUUUUAUACAUAUAGUAAUUUCCACUAGUAAAGGAUGUUUUUUCCAAAGCUUAUUUUUUUCAGUUGUGCAAUAAUAUUAAAAGUCUAGGGAGUUUGUUUUGUUUUUGUUGGGUUGUUUUUUGUUUUGUUUUAGUUUGGGUUUGAUUUUUCUUCUGGGAGUUUUGAGUGUUUUUUAAAGAUAAUUUAAUGCAGAUUUCCUGUUAAUGUCCAAAAAAUGAAUUAUUUUUCUUGCAUAAUGUAAUGAGUGUUUUAGGGAUUAUUUUAUUACUAUGUAUCAGUGAGUUAUACACACUUAUUUAUAUUUAAAGUGCAUCUUUAUAAGCAGUUGUUUGCUAGCAGGUAAAUUUUGCUGCAAGAAUUUAAAAAUGCUUAUAGGAAGACCUGGUUUUGCUGGAUAAUAUGCAAAAAACUUCAUAAUGCAGGCAAAAAUAUUUUUUGGCAGCUAAACACAAUGAGUUUGCUAUGGAGAACUGUGCAGACUACAAAGAAUCUAGGUGAGUUCUUUGGGACCUGCAGGAAUCUAUCCUCUGUUUUCCUUCUUUAUUUGUAACUAUACUUUGGUUGGGAGUGGCUUAAAAAAUAGAAGGCAUGGUUUGCUUUUUCUUGAGGUACAAGAUAAGGUGGGUUUCAUGGUAAGAGAGGAUAUGGCGUCACAGGCUGUUUGUAAGGAGGUCACUGUAGUUCAGCAGGGUUUGGUGAUGGCAUGGUUCAAUGGCAGGUGGAGGUACAGGCAAAUAGCUUGGAAUAAGCUGAGGCACAAGGAAUAGUGUAGUGGUAGAAGCACUUUCUGAAGCAUUUUCCUCUCCUAGCAAUGUUCCUUUUGCAGCUGGGCUCAGCUGGUUCCAGCACUGCCACAGUGCUUCUGGCAGGUGCUGCAUGGAGCUUAUGGAGCUGUGCCCUGACAGUGCCUGCAGCAGCUUUGCCUCUUCAAGAUGCUCCAUAGGAGACCUGUUGGAGCAGGUGUUUCUCCACUCAUCCUUCUAGUCUGCUCCAACAGCAGCAUGAAGCUGCCGUGGAGUUUGGCUGCAGCAGCUUUGGGCAGAGUGAGCCCCGAUGCCAGCCAGCAGCCACAGUGUCCAUCUGAAGUCAGAAUCUGCUCUGCUGGAAUUGCAAAAGGAUGAAACCAAAAACCUGAGAAUUUUGAAAAAAUCAUGGUGAUAGCCUCGAAAUCAAUAUUGAAUCUAAAAAUUUAUAUUUAAAGUUUAGCAUUAAUGGGCUGGCAAUUUUUGGCUUUAAACAGUAAGAGUACAUGUUUCUGGAACAUCCUAAGAAACUAUGAGAAGGUGACAGAGUUAAAAAAGGAACUACCACACUGCAAUUUUGCACUCAUUUCCAGAGACCGAGUAACACGUGCCAUGGGUUGCCUGAAUAUCAGUAAAUCUGCACACAGGUUCAUCUCAGUUAUAAAAGUUUCCUGUGAUGCAGCCACAGGUAAAAUACUGUUCUUCUGAAGUUGCACGAAGGUCUACAGGUGUCAGACAAGGGUAUCUAGCUUUGCUGAAGCCUGUUGCCUAAACUUUACAUAGAUCCAGGCUUUCCCUAAUAUGUCUUUUUAGUGUCCUCUCAGAAAUUACAAACAGAUUUUGGAGCUAGCCUGAUUGUUGCCUCAGACAAUUUCUGUGCAUUUGCUUUUUGCAGCCUGAUGUGUGUGAUCCUGUAUUACCUUGGUGCCCUGUUACUUCUCAGAAACAUUUUACAUCCUCAUAUAAAAAGAGCAGCAAGUGCAAAAACUGAUUUGGUGAAAUGAAAGGGGAGAGAAGACACAGUAAAUUUUCAUUAACUUUUAAGAAUGUGUUUCCCAGAGCAACAGUUUAGAAAUUGCAUGUCUGCAGGGCCCAAAUUACUCCAGACCAGUAAAUCAGACUUAGAGAUUGGUAAGAGAUGGGACCCUUGUGUGGCAUGCUGACAGAGGGCCAACUUCCAGCCUCAUUACGUGGUUACACCAAGAUACAUAAGAGACCAGAAUCCAACCCAAAAUGUACUUCCCCAUUACUGUGUGAUUAUAAGGUAAAGAUGACUUCUGUGACCCAUACAUCCAUUGAAGGAAAUUACAGAGCAUUAGCCAACAGCCAUGUUGGCCGUUCAGUAUAACCCACCCUCCCUCUCCUUGAAAAAUGCUUGAAGUAAAAUCCUGGCCAUGGAGUAGUCCUUUGGAUUUUUGACUUUUAAUCCCAUUUCUUGGAUUCCAUCACAGGACAGUAGGGAAAGCUGUUUAUGUUAUUUAGAGAUCGGUAUAAUAGUUUUCCCAGUGUAAGAGAGCAAGUCAGCUAUACUGCUUACAAAAAUGGGAAAAUCCUAGUAGACAAAUGUUUUUUGUGUUCAUGUCUCUUCCCCUUCAAGGCAUAAACCUUCAUUAGUAAAGAGUCUUGCUGCCCUCGGGAGCAGUCUGCAGGGGAGGCACUACAGGUCAUCUUUACAGUAUUGGAAUUUACAUGCACCAUUCUCGAAGGAAUAAAAUUAAUUAUAUUGUGAACAAUGGUCUAUGUGAAUUAUUUUGUCUUUGUAUUUAUUUAUUUUUUUUCAUAAAAAGACCCACGGAGAUGUUUUAAGAUGAAAAUACUGCUUUCCCUGUUGCCUGAAAUCACUGAAGAUGUAUCAGGAGUUUCUUCGGGUGGUUUGAUUUUUGCUGCAUCUAGAAAAUUUUUAAGGCAAAAACAAUUAAUGAAAAGAAAGAAAUAAGAUUCAGUGAAGCAAUUCUUGCUAAGAAAACUGAAAGCUUCACCCUUUAACUUUUGAUUUUGCAAAUGAAUCAGUAACGAGAAAUUUGUGUUUCAAGGCAGGUUGUUUGGGAGCACUGUGCAAGUGUACUGGUUUGCUAACACAGAGCUGACUGCAGGAUCAAGAAAAGAUGAUUUUGUGAGACAAAAUUAAGUAAAUGAAAACACCAAAUACUUACCUAUCCAGAGUGUCCAAUGAAAAAAAUUAAAUGGUGUGAUGUCAAAGCCUGCCAGUCUGUUUUCAAUCCUCUGGUUUACAAUUUUAAAAUAUGGACUGAUUCAGCAAUUCUAAAUCCUGACAAAGGUGGUCUAUUUUUGGAAUUUCAUCUGACUGGCCAAGUAGAUGGCUUAAGAUACAGAUAAAGAUUAAAGUAAUAAUAAAAGAGAAACAUUUUGAAACAGCAUGUAGACACCUGAGUUUCAAGUAUUUCACAGGAAUAAUACUCGGCCAGUAUUUCAUACCUAUGUUGUUUGAAGCUAUUCAGAACUUUUCUAACUUUCCCUUUGUUUCUUUAGUUUGCUUGAUACUUGUUUUGCCUUUGGUUGCUUUUCACUUCUGUUUCACUAUUUCAGCAUUCACUGCUUCUUUUUCUGUUUGUGUGUUGUGUGUUUGGGGAAGGGUAUGUCUGUUCAAGAUCUCGUUGUUUAUUGUAGAUAAAAUAUAUGGUGUUGUGGAAUAGCAUGGGGAUGCAUUUGACUGAAAAGGCACUGUAGUGUUUCCUGAAAAAGAAGGGGAGUUGCAUUUGUUUAUAAAUGCAUUAUUUUGGUACUAUAACUUUGAAAGUGAUUUGGGAUUUUUUUUUGUUGUUUUUUUUUCAUUUUUUACUUUUCUUUUAAAUUUAUUGAGCAUAGAGUCAUGCAGGUGCAUGCAUUCUUAAGUGAGCAAGCCCAGCAUGUUUUUCUUAAGGCUUUUGAAAAUUUGGUACACCAUUUGUGAACUGACCUAGACUAUUUUUUAAUUAUAUUUUUUCUAAUCUCCUUUUUUUUCCCCUCCUGAAUAUACCAUAGUAUACUUGGUUUCCAUUGUACUUAAAAACUACCCUGAUCUGCCUCUCCUUUUAUGUAUCUUGUGUAAUAGAUUUUGCAGGAGGUGCCUAGAAAGUAUUGUUGGUUUCCCUAUAAAAGUGUGGUUUGUCCAGAUUCUUUACUGUCUACAUGAUUGAGAGAUGGACUGAUCGCCCUAUUUUUCCUUGAUGAUUUGGAGUUGUAAGAGUUGUCCAGCUGUUGCUUAAUAAAAUUUUGCAGACUAGAAA